CCGCGGGCUCGUGACACCCGAAUUAGUUACUUUCGCCGGCUGUUAUGGACCAUACACGUGAAAUUUUGACCUUCCAGCUCGGAACUUACGCGAAUUACGUGGGUGCACACUUCUGGAACCAGCAGGAGGCCAACUUCAGGUACGGAGACGAAAGCGAACAGGUGGCCGAGGAGCAGCUGCCCAACAAUGAUAUUUUGUACCGUGAAGGGCGCAACGACCUCAAUCGUACCACCUACACGCCCCGCCUGCUGUCCGUGGAUUUGGCCGGGACCCUGGGACAUCUGCCGGUGACCGGCGAGCUGUACGGCAAUUUUGUGCAGCGCGAUGAGGAGUUGCUGCCCCUGAGCACAGGAGAGGAAUUGGAACAGGCUCGCAAGCGGGCAGAGGAGAGCGGCGUAUGCGCACAGGAGCAGCUGGAAGUGCAGGCGCAGCCAAAGUCCGCCAUUUCCGAAUAUCAGCGGGAUCUGCUCAAGAAUGCUGUGGUGCCUGAGAAGAACUAUCAGCUGGCAGCGACGGCAAACAGUUGGGCGGACUUCCUUUACGCCCGGUAUCACCCGAGAACCUUGAAUGUCUUGCCGGGGUUGAUCCGAGAUCCGACUGCCCAAGCGCUGGGUACCUACUCUGCCGGAACAGAAAUGUGGCAGGAAGCCUCCUUUAACGAGGAGUUCUGCGAUCGCAUCCGUUUGUAUGUAGAGGAGUGCGAUGGCCUGCAGGGCUUCCACGUGCUGUUCGACAUUGAUGAUGGCUUCGGCGGACUGGCCGGGAAGUGCCUGGAGCACCUAAACGAUGAGUACAGCCGCGCGAGUUUCGUCCUGCCACUUCACUAUCCCAGGAUCACUAGUUAUGCCCAAGCGGAUUCCCGCCUGUCGCACAGCAUACGGGUGGUAAACAAUGUGUUGGGCUACCACCAACUCAGCGAGCAGGCUAUGAUGUUCACGCCGCUAUCCACGCUGGAGACCAUCUGGCGGAACAAUAAUCUGAAGUCGCGCAGUCUGCCGGGACUCCAGUGGGAGACGGAUAACCUCUACCAGACAUCAGCGCUUCUGGCCGCCUUUUUCGACACGGCCACCUUGAGUUACCGCCUGCGGCAAACGCCAGAAUCUUUGCUACGUUUUUGCGAACGCGUCACUCCAGCGGGCAGAAAGUUGACCGCCGCCGGAUUAGCUCUGCCAUUUGGGCUGAGGGAGGGUCAGGAUCUAAUAGAGUUUCUAGACCAGAGUGGCGACCACGCGCUGCUCACACAACUCACACCUGGCUGUGAGCCUGGCACAUCCUACGUGGUGCAAUCAGUGACGGCUCGUGGCAUUCCCGUGGAACGUUUGAAACGGCCCAGGGAGCUGGCCGGCGAUCAACUUCGGAUGGCUGCCUAUGGCUGCGAUAGUAUAUCCCAUAUGCUGCAGCUCUACUACCAGUGCACCUAUCAUGGAAGUGUUACAAAUGCGGCAGCCACACCAUUGCCACUAAAGACACAGCUACCUUUUCCCUAUGAAAUGUUUGCAGCCGGUAUAUCAGGCGGUGGCUACCGCUUGCCUGAGGGGGCGGAACGCGGGACGGGUAGUCGUGUGGAUUCCGCACCCAUGCUGGCCGCCCUACAGAACUCCACCAAGCUCGGCGAGCAUCUGGACAACUUGCACGCCCAAUCACAUCGCGUGCAGCUGGCCAAGUUGCAAGCGUACUCCAAUUCUUGUUUGGAGCGGGAUGAGUACGAUACGGCGCUGGAUCAGCUGCUUGAGUUCCGCGACCUUUACGCAGACUCGCAGUAUCUAUAGGAUGCUAUGGUUUUGGAAAAUAAGAUUUUGUGAUAAGCCUAGGAUUAAGUACAAAAUAAACUAGCGUAUGCAGUCGAA